AUGUCUGAUCAAACAUCAUCAGGUGUUGUGAAACACGAGUCUUCAGAGAAGUUGGAUGAAACCCUUUCCAACGAUCAAGAUUUGACGUUUGAUGAAGAAUUUAGAAGGGCUGAUGCUGAGGAAGAAGAAGAUCAAGCUACUUUGAAGCGUCCUCGUCCAGAGCAACCGGAAGAGGAAGAAGGGGGAAAUCAAGAAGAGGAGGAGGAUGACGAUGAAGAUGACGAGGAUGACGAAGAAGAUGAAGAAGUAACUGGUCGUAAAAGAAAGCGGAGAAGAGGUGCCAACCAGUUCAUUGAUAUCGAAGCCGAAGUCGACGACGAAGAAGAAGACGAAUUGGACGAAGACGACGAAGAAGCAGAAUUGUUGCGUGAACAAUUCAUCACUGAGGAUCAUGCUGUAGAUGAAAUCUCCAAAGAACACGUCGAUGACAGAUUACAUAGACAAUAUGACCGUCGUAGACAAGAAGCCGAAGACCAAGAUGCAGAACAAUUGGCAGAAACUUUAAAGCAGAGAUAUAGAAAGACCCAUACUGUGUACAGAGGAGAAACUGCCACAAGUGGAACUGUUUCUCAGAAGUUGCUUAUGCCUUCCAUUAAUGAUCCUUCUAUUUACGCCAUUAGAUGUACCUCAGGUAGAGAAAAGGACUUGGUUCGAAAGUUGUAUGAAAAGAAGAGAACUUUGGAUAGACUGAAGAACCCAUUGGAUAUCUUGACUGUUUUCCAAAGAGACGCAUUCAGAGGAUAUAUUUAUAUUGAAGCUAAAAGACCUGAUGCCAUUGACAAGGCCCUUUCUGGGAUGGUUAAUGUUUACAUUAGAGACAAGUUGUUGGUUCCUGUCAAGGAAUACCCCGAUUUAUUGAAACAAGUUAAGUCUACUGAUGUGGAAUUGGUUCCUGGUAUCUAUGUUAGAAUCACCAGAGGUAAAUACAAGGGAGAUCUUGCCAUUGUUGAUAACUUAUCUGAAAAUGGGUUAGAUGUACGUUGUAAGUUGGUUCCUAGAUUAGAUUAUGGAAGAAAUGAUGAAUUUGAUCAAAAUGGUAAGAGAAUCAGACUGAAGGUUAGGCCAAUGCCAAGAUUAUUCAGCGAGCAAGAAGCCAAGAUGUAUGAUAAUGAAGGGUUAGUGCACAGAAGUUCCAGAAACUAUUUGUACAGAAAUGACGAAUAUAUUGAUGGUUUCUUGUACAAGGAUUUCAAAUUACAAUUUGUCCAAACUAAAGAUGUUCAUCCAACUUUGGAAGAAUUAGACCGAUUCCAAACCGGUAAUGAAGAAGAUGGAUUGGAUUUAGCUGCUAUUGCUGCUUCCUUAAAGAACAAGAAUCAAGCUGACGGGAAACAAUCAACUGCAUUCCAACCAGGCGAUAAAGUUGAAAUUAGACGAGGUGAACAAGCCAAGACCGUGGGUAUUGUUCUUGAAGCUUCUUUAAAUGAAAUUGUGAUUACCGUGACUGAUAGUGGUGAUCCAAAAUUCGUCAACCAAAGAUUGACUGUUCCUCCUAAUGAUUUAAGAAAGAUUUUCAACGAAGGUGACCAUGUCAGAAUUGUUGAAGGUAAGCAUUUUGAUGAGACUGGGUUGGUUAUCAAGAUUGACGGGGAUUCCGUUGUUCUUGUCAGUGAUCAAACUAGAGAGGAUGUUCGUGUGUUUGCCAACUAUUUAGUUAAAGCUACUGAUGCUUCUACUAAUGCUGAUCUGGCUAAUAGCAUGUAUGAUAUCAAGGAUUUGGUUGAAUUGAAUGCAUCUACUGUCGGGGUUAUUGUCAAGGCUGAAAAAAAUAUCUUUGAAAUUCUUACCUCCGAUGGUCGUCUUUUGAAUGUUAGACCUUCAGGUAUUGCGUCCAAAUUAAAAUUAUCUCGUCGUGAACAAGUUGCCACUGAUAGAAAUGGAUUGACUAUAAAAGUGGGUGAUACAGUAAGAGAGUCGCUUGGUGAUAAAAAGAGAGAGGGUGUCAUUUUACAUAUUUACAAAAACUCCUUGUUCAUUAAGCUGAAUGAAAUAAUAGAAAAUUUGGGUAUAUUCGUUACCAACAGAAUGAAUGUCAACACAAUCACUACUAAGGAUUCAAUCAUGUCCAAGAACUUGGGUCCUGAUUUAAGUAGUAUGAAUCCAAAUUUGAAGUUACCAAACCCAGCUGCUUCCGUCACAGGAUUCAAAACCCAUGUUGGUGGUAGAGAUAAAUUGUUGUACAAGGAUGUUGCAGUUACUAGUGGUAGUUACAAGGGUUUGAAGGGUAAGGUCACUGAAACUGACGAUAUUUACGCCAGAAUUGAGUUGCACACCAAGAGUAAAAAGAUUAAGGUUCCAAAGAAUAAUUUGAAUGUUUUGAUCCGUGGUGAAGCAGUUCCAUACUUGAGAUUCAUUGGUGCUUCUCCAGCACAACAACAGCAACAACAGCCGGGUGGAUACAACAAGCCAAAAGCUCCUGCCUUCAGUUCUGGUUCUGCUUGGAAUGGAGGCGGUGCUGCUACUGGUGCUGGAUCCACUUGGGGUGGAGGUGCUUCUUCAUGGCAAGGAGGUAAGACUCCUUCUUAUGGAAGUGCUUCAACUUGGGGUGGUGCUCCUGGUGGUGGUAGUGGUGGUGGUGCCAGUGCUUGGUCUGGUGGAAAAACUCCGGGAAGUAAUUCUGCAUGGGGUGCAUCUACUGGAGCUGGUGACAAUUCUACCUGGGGUGGUUCUGGAGGUAGCAACUCAACUUGGGGUGGUGCUAGAAAGGGCAACAACUCUACAUGGGGUGCAGGUGCUGAUAAAGGAAACGGAUCUAAAUGGGGUGGUAAUGGAGGCAACUCUACUUGGGGAUCUGGGGGAGGCAAUUCCACCUGGGGUGGUAAUUAA